UGCUUCUUUUUGAAGCGAGUAGUCUAGUAACCCGAACCAAAGUCGCAGCUAAAAAUAUCGAAGGCAAGAGUCUUGUUCCUUUCUUUCAAGUACUUUAGUAAAAUUGCUUUUGUCAAACUAGAUGUAUUGCCAAUGUAGAUUAGAAUUGCAUCUACUCAAUUGAGAAUCGUGGUGAUCUGUGGAGCAGUGAUGGCUACGUCGAGUAAAGUGAAGGCCGAGGCAGCUUGUGUCACCACGACAGCAACGCAGUCUGCAAAUUCUGAAUCGCCUCAGCUAGUUUUAAAGUUGAAGAAGCCCAAGAAGCAAGGUGUUCAAUGGGACCAGUCAGCUGUUGAUAAUGAGAACAUGGGAAAGAAGAGUUCCAAGUGCUGCUGUAUCUAUACAAAGCCACGCGCAUUUGAUGAAUCUAGCAGUGAUGACAGCGGAGACGAUGAGGAUCAGAAGCACCGUAAAAAGUACCAUCCAAGACAGGAGAAAGAUGCAUGCUGCGAUGAAUGCCAUUGAGGCUGCUUAUUCCGCAUGCAUGUGUUUGUUAUAGGGGCUAUCCAAUAUUUCACACAUGUAUUGGGUGUUGCCUUUCUUUUUGAUAUUGCAACAACUUGCUAUUUGAUGUGUCAGAUCUUCUUUCUCUUUUGAUAUGUUCAUCAUGCUGCUGGCUCAGCAUCAAUUUUGCUUUAUUCUUAUAUGCACUUGAUGGUGUCUAUGGACUAGACUUAUCAAACAAA